GUCAGUUUGUGAAAUAAAUAUUGGGAAACAACGAAAUGCAAAAAGCGACCUACUACGACAGCUCUGCGAUCUAUGGCGGCUAUCCCUACCAAGGAGCAAAUGGUUUCGCUUACAAUGCUAGUCAGCAGCAAUAUCCUCCACCUCCUUCUUCUUCGCUGGUGGAAACGGAGUACCAUCGACCUGCCUGUUCUCUACAGUCCCCAGGUGGGGGCGGGGGCAGCACCGUGCCCCACCAUAAGGCCAAUGACAUCAGUGAGAGUUGCAUGAGGACCAUCACCAGCCAAUCCCUCCAGCCCCCUGUCCUUCCUGAGCCACCCCAGCAACAGCAGCAGCAGCAGCAACAGCAGCAGCAACCCCCGCCUCCAAGUCAACAAGCACCUCCACCCCCUCCACCUCCGUCCGUGUCACCCCCUCAGAAUGCCACUCCCAACGCCACCCCAGCCAAUGCCACCAAGAGCUCCAUCCUGAACUCACCCACCAUGUCCAAGCAAAUAUUUCCCUGGAUGAAAGAGUCUCGACAAAACACCAAGCAGAAAAACAGCGGAUCCAGUUCAGGUGAGAGUUGUGCUGGUGAUAAAAGUCCCCCUGGGCAAGCUUCUUCUAAAAGAGCCCGCACAGCUUACACAAGUGCCCAGCUGGUAGAACUGGAAAAGGAGUUUCACUUCAAUAGAUACCUUUGCAGGCCAAGAAGGGUAGAGAUGGCUAACUUGUUAAAUCUCACAGAAAGACAGAUCAAAAUAUGGUUUCAGAACCGCAGGAUGAAGUACAAAAAGGAUCAGAAGGGGAAAGGAAUGAUGACCUCAUCAGGAGGACAGUCCCCCAGUAGAAGCCCUGUCCCUCCAGCUGCUGGAGGUUAUCUGAACUCUAUGCAUUCCCUAGUAAACAGUGUUCCGUACGAGCCCCAGUCGCCUCCAGCCUUCAGUAAGCCGCACCAGAAUGCCUACGGCAUACCCACCUCAUAUCCGGCUCCUCUCAAUAACUGCCCGCCUCCUCAAAAGAGAUACUCCGGAACUGCCGCAGUGACUCCUGACUAUGACCCUCAUCCUCUCCAAGGCAAUGGCUAUGGGAAUCCACAUAUACAGGGAAGCCCCGUCUAUGUUGGGGGCAAUUAUGUGGAUGCCAUGGCAAAUUCUGGGCCGUCUAUCUUCGGUCUAACUCACCUCCCUCAUCCUUCCUCUGCCAACAUGGACUACACUGGGCCAAUGGGCAACAAUCACCACCACGGACCUUGCGAGCCACACCCGACAUACACAGAUCUUACUUCUCACCAUCCUUCUCAGGGAAGAAUUCAGGAAGCGCCCAAGCUGACCCAUCUGUAAUAUACGCCAUCCGUUACUUAGUGAAUUGUAAAAGUCCCUCAGCUUUUUUAAAAAAAGAAAGAAAAGAAAAAUACUUUAAUUUCCUUCCCCACCCUGUCCUUCUCUUUUGCUUCUGUUUCCUUUUCUUUUGGUAAAAGCGUUUUCUAGUUUAUGUGACGUAGCAAUAUUUGUUGCUUGAAUGGCUCUCUAGUUUCAAUAGUGGACAUUAAUCU